ACUCACUCACAAUCAACACUCUCUCUCUCUCUCCGCUAGGCCUAGCUACCGGAGUCAAUAUGGGCUACAUGGAGAUAGAAGCACCGCAACCAUCCGCCGCCGCCGCCGCUUUUUCCGGCGCCGACGAAGAAGACGAAUCCCCAAUUGAAGAGGUUCGACUAACCGUAGCCAACACCGACGACCCGACCCUUCCAAUAUGGACAUUCCGGAUGUGGUUUUUGGGAAUAUUAUCAUGUGGGCUUCUCUCUUUCCUUAAUCAAUUCUUCGCUUACAGAACCGAACCACUUGUCAUCACUCAAAUCACAGUUCAAGUCGCCACUCUUCCGAUCGGACACUUUCUAGCAGCUAUCCUUCCCAAAACCCAAUUUCGUCUCCCCGGGUUCGGGUCAAAGUCUUUCUCUCUCAAUCCGGGUCCUUUCAAUAUGAAGGAGCAUGUCCUUAUUUCCAUCUUUGCUAACGCCGGUAGUGCAUUUGGAAACGGCUCUGCUUAUGCUGUCGGAAUCGUCACCAUUAUUAAGGCUUUUUAUCACCGGAAAAUUUCAUUCAUCUCCGGCUGGAUUCUCAUUAUUACUACUCAGGUAUUGGGUUACGGGUGGGCCGGUUUACUCAGAAAAUUUGUUGUGGAGCCGGCUCACAUGUGGUGGCCGGGGACACUCGUUCAAGUCUCCCUUUUCCGGGCAUUGCAUGAAAAAGAAUCAAAUAAAGAAGAAAAAAGAAUAUCAAGAGGAAAGUUCUUCCUAAUAGCCCUCAUAUGCAGCUUCACCUGGUACACACUCCCUGGUUACCUUUUCACUACACUAUCCAACAUCUCAUGGGUCUGUUGGGUCUUCUCCAAAUCAGUAACCGCCCAACAGCUCGGCUCGGGCAUGAGAGGUCUCGGCCUUGGAGCCUUCACCCUCGACUGGUCCGUGGUCGCCUCCUUCUUGUUUAGCCCACUCAUUUGCCCUUUCUUCGCCAUCGUCAAUGUCUUUUUCGGUUUCGUCUUGAUAGUCUACAUUGUCAUUCCUGUUGCCUAUUGGGGUCUCAACUCAUACUCUGCCCAAACAUUCCCCAUUUUCUCCUCCCACCUUUUCACUUCUGGAGGCCAAAAGUAUAACAUUUCCGAGAUUGUAAACAACAAGUUCGAAAUAGACAUGGUCAAGUACCAGGACCAGGGGAGAAUACAUUUGAGUAUGUUUUUUGCACUUACUUACGGUUUCGGCUUCGCCACCAUUGCAUCUACAAUCACCCAUGUCGCCUUGUUCUACGGGAGGGAGAUUUACCAACGAUUACGAGCAUCUAUUAAGGUUGAAAAGGAGGACGUACACACGAGAUUGAUGAGAAAGUACAAAGACAUACCAUCGUGGUGGUUCCACUUAUUGCUGGGGAUAACGUUUUCCGUUUCGCUCAUCUUAUGCAUCUUCUUGAAAAACGAAGUUCAAAUGCCAUGGUGGGGACUUGUGUUUGCAUGCUUGAUCGCCUUCUUCUUCACCCUUCCAAUCAGCAUAAUAACCGCGACAACGAACCAGACGCCUGGAUUGAACAUAAUAACGGAGUACAUAAUGGGACUCAUAUACCCGGGGAGACCAAUCGCCAACGUGUGUUUCAAAGUAUACGGUUACAUGAGCAUGGCUCAAGCCGUGUCUUUCUUAAGUGACUUCAAGCUAGGUCAUUACAUGAAGAUCCCGCCUAGAUCUAUGUUCUUGGUUCAAUUCAUUGGAACCAUUGUAGCCGGAACAAUUAACAUAACAGUCGCAAUGUGGCUACUUAACACCGUGGAAAACAUAUGUCAAGACGAUAUUCUCCCGCCCAACAGCCCGUGGACCUGUCCGGGGGAUCGUGUCUUUUUCGACGCCUCUGUAAUCUGGGGGCUGGUUGGACCCAAACGGAUAUUCGGUAGUUUGGGGAACUAUAGUGGAAUGAACUGGUUCUUCCUAGGAGGGGCCAUUGGACCGGUUUUGGUUUGGCUUCUGCAUAAGGCGUUUCCUAAACAAACGUGGAUUCCACUCAUUAACCUCCCGGUUUUGUUGGGGGCGACCGGAAAUAUGCCGCCUGCGACUGCUUUGAACUACAAUUCGUGGAUUUUGGUGGGGACGAUUUUCAACUUUUUCGUGUUUCGAUAUAGGAAGAAGUGGUGGCAGAGGUAUAACUAUAUCUUGUCGGCUGCCUUGGAUGCGGGAGUGGCUUUUAUGGCGGUUUUCCUUUAUUUUACGCUCGGGACGGAGAACAGGGAGUUGAGUUGGUGGGGGACGGCCGGAGAGCAUUGCGAUUUGGCGACAUGUCCGAUAGCUAAAGGGGUCGUGGUAGAUGAUUGUCCAGUACGUUAACUUUUUCUUUUUUAAUAUUCGAAAUCAUGAACAUAUGAUUUUAGUGUCAUUGAUGUUAUUAAAUUAAACAUGUGGUAAGGUGCAUAUAUUUUAUAUAUGUAAUAAAUUAGCUAGUUGUAUGGAAGGAAUAUUAGAAUGAAAUGAUGCAAUUUAAGAUAAUGGAAUAUAUAGUCAUCAUCAUGAUGCAAUUAUCUUGUU